AUGCUUCGACGACCUCCGGGCCAAGGACGAUGGUCCUCGCAGCAUCAGAAGCUCUUGCUAGCUUUUGCUAUCAUCCUCAUCCCAUGGAUUCAGCUUGUCGACGCUCAGCAGCAGCCCCUACAGCCUCAAAUCCGAAUCCAUUCGCAAAGAGACGACAGUCCUCUUGACUCACGAUCCGAAGACGCCACCAACAACCAGUGGUACGCCGCACAAGUCGACGAUGUGCACGCUGAGGCGAGGUUCGAUACCAUAAACAGAAAACAAAAACAACCACGUCAACAGCCACAGCAACCGACGCCUCUGCCGCAGCAGCAUCAACGCGCUCGACGUGCCCCGUACGAUUACGUCAACAAGGCGCCAAAUCGAUCCCAACAACCAAACCAAGAAUCCGAUAAAUCAAAAUACAUUAAAGUCCCUAGCGAUGCGAGCGCCCUCGCAACUUUAGCUCCGGCUCAGUCCGUUCGAGCACCACACACUUCACGACAUCUCUGGCCUAGCAGUAGCGCUUCUGGGCUGGCAUCGCCGCAAAAUGCGCGGAGUCUGGAGGACUGGGAAGUUGAAGACUUUGUUCUUCUGGCGACCGUCGAUGGAGACCUCUAUGCCAGCGACCGAAAAACCGGCCGGCAACUGUGGCAUCUUGAGGUCGAUCAGCCAGUGGUAGAAACAAAACACUACCGAACAAACAACUCCGUCCUCGACGACGAUUACAGCCCCGUAGAUCAUUACAUAUGGGCUGUUGAGCCCAGCCGCGAUGGAGGGCUUUAUGUAUGGAUUCCAGAUGCCGGUGCCGGCCUCAUUCGAACUGGAUUUACCAUGAAGCGGCUUGUAGAAGAGCUUGCCCCGUAUGCGGGCGAUGAGCCACCGGUCGUGUAUACAGGAGACAAGAAAACGACCAUGGUUACGCUGGAUGUGGCUACCGGACGUGUGCUUAAGUGGUUUGGUUCCGGCGGGUCCCUUGUCAAUGAAGGCGAAAGCUGCCUCCGACCCAAUGCCUUUGGUGAUCCAGACAACGAAGAGUGCAGCUCCAUGGGUACCAUCACCCUGGGAAGAACAGAGUAUACUGUGGGAAUCCAAAGACGAGAUGGCCGCCCAAUUGCAACUCUUAAAUAUGCAGAAUGGGGACCAAACACCUUUGACAGCGACCUCUACCAGCAGUAUCAUGCGUCGCUCGAUAGCCGCUACAUAACCAGCCAGCACGAUGGCAAGGUUUAUGCUUUCGAUCAGUCCCGGUCGGAUAACCGUUUGCCCCUCUUUAGCCACAAAUUCUCCUCUCCGGUGGCACGGGUUUUUGAUGUUUGUCGUCCAUGGGACGCUGUCGCGGGCACCAACCCUGAGCUUGUUGUUCUUCCCCAACCGCCAAUGCCAUCACAGGAUGAAACUGUUGCCAAAAUGCGAAGCAACAGCAUCUUCCUCAAUCAAACCGAAAGUGGUAGCUGGUAUGCAUUGUCUGGCCGGGCCUAUCCUCUCAUUGUCGACGCGCCGGUGGCUCAGAUAUCGCAACCUGACUGGUGGGAUACGGCUCCAGCAUUUGAUACGAUCAAUCGUUCGAAAAUUUCCAAAGCGAUGGUGGGCACCCACUUCUUGGACUCAUUGCGGAGUGAUGGCUACCAACAUCAGCAUCUGACACUCCCUCCUGGAAUUCUCGACGAUUUUUCCGAUGACGUGGAGAAUGGCUCGAAUAACGCUCACGCGGUAACACCUGCUGUUCCCCAAGAGCCUACCAUCAUAACAAAAGCCAAAGCCUUUCAACAAAGUGCCACGAAUAGCGUCAUAGAGUUUGUCAGCAACCCUGUGCUGAUUAUUCUUUUCGUGGGUUCGUUGAUAUACAACGAAAAGAAGCUCCGACGAGCAUAUCACCGAUUUAGGACCGAAGGCAGUCUCAAAGACAUAUAUCCAUUCCUUACCCUAGAUCCUGGUGCUGGAGACGAAUCAGGCGAUGAAAAAGAUGCAGCAUUUUCCUCCUCCUCUUCUACCACUCCACUCGCUAAACUUGAAGACCAAAGAGUGGAAGAGGUAACUAAACCAAAAUUAGACUCCACAGCUGGCGAUGAAGAUAGAGACAAAGACAGAGAUAGAGAUUCUUCCGAGUCCUUAGAGCCCGGUCAGAAGACAGACGAGAAGGUGGUCGAUGGGGCUAAGCAAACAGAUGAUGCUCCAGACACACAGGCGCAAGACUCUGCCAAUGGCGCCGCUCCUGAGAAGAAGAAGAAAGCCCAUAGAGGUCGUCGAGGUGGUGUCAAGCACAAAAAGAAUCGCCCUCGUGAGGGUUCACCAUCACGAGAUGAUGAUGGAGGACUUAGUACGGUGGAUGAGGCCGUUAGCAAUGCUAAAAAGCUGGGCGAUCGGCCCAGCCUCGAGCCUGACUUCCGAACGAUCUAUAACGACAUGCAAGCUGUCACAGGCUCUAUCAUUAGCAUCGGCAACAUCGAAGUGGACACAGAUAUAGAACUUGGCAUGGGCAGCAACGGCACCGUUGUCUUUGCUGGUAGAUUUGAUGGCAGAGAUGUUGCUGUCAAGAGAAUGACUAUCCAAUUCUACGACAUUGCUACGCGGGAGACUCGGUUGUUGCGUGAGAGUGACGAUCACCCCAAUGUUAUCCGAUAUUACUCACAGGAAAUGCGAGGAGAUUUCCUGUAUAUUGCAUUAGAACGCUGCGCCGCCUCACUUGCAGAUGUGAUUGAGAAGCCAAAUCACUUCCGUAACUUGGCCAAUGCUGGACAAAAAGAUUUGCCUGGCGUCCUGUACCAGAUCACCAACGGCAUUACUCAUCUACACUCCCUGCGCAUUGUCCAUCGCGAUCUGAAGCCUCAGAAUAUCUUGGUCAACUUGGACAAGGACGGCAGACCGAGACUACUAGUCUCUGACUUUGGCCUGUGCAAGAAACUGGACGGUACUCAAUCUUCGUUUGGAGCAACGACAGGCCGAGCAGCUGGGACGACUGGAUGGCGUGCCCCCGAGCUUCUUCUCGAUGACGACGGGCAGAAUCCCGCGGCUCAGGAUGGAAGCACACAUAGUGGCUCAGGCACCAUUCUCGUUGGGGAUCCUACGCUCCUAAAUGGUCGACGCGCUACGAGAGCCAUUGAUAUCUUCUCCCUGGGACUCGUCUUCUUCUACGUGCUCACAAACGGCUCACAUCCGUUUGAUUGCGGCGAUAGAUAUAUGCGUGAGGUCAACAUUCGCAAGGGCAAUUACAAUCUCGAUCCCUUGGAUUCGCUCGGCGACUUUUCAUACGAAGCCAAGGAUCUAAUUGCGUCCAUGUUGCAAGCAGACCCCAAGUUACGGCCUACGUCUGUGGAGGUCAUGGCUCACCCGUUCUUCUGGUCCCCAAAGAAGCGUCUGGCUUUCCUCUGCGAUGUAUCAGACUCGCUCGAGAAGGAAAUUAGGGAUCCUCCUUCGGAUGCGCUGAUGGAGUUGGAGAGACAUGCUCCAGAUGUCAUUAGAGGAGACUUUUUGAAGCUUCUGACUCGGGAGUUUGUCGACUCCCUGGGCAAGCAGCGCAAGUACACAGGAUCGAAACUACUCGAUCUGCUGCGUGCCCUGAGAAACAAGCGCAAUCACUAUGAGGACAUGUCGGAUUCGUUGAAGCGGAGUGUGGGUUCCUUGCCGGAUGGAUAUCUGGUGUACUGGACGGUGAGGUUCCCGAUGCUGCUGCUUACGUGCUGGAACGUGGUGUAUAACUUGCACUGGGAGACGUCGGAUCGGUUUAGAGAGUACUAUGAGCCUGCUGGACUGUAA